GCAGUGGUGGACGAGUGGCUAGACAGCUACAAGCAGGACCGGGAGGCGGGACUACUGGAGCUCAUCAACUUCGUCGUGCAGUGCUGUGGCUGCAAAGGUCAGGGGUCGCCAGGGUGUCUGAAAGGUUGAGAGGGCAGGGAGUGAUUGGGGUCAGGGGUCACUGGAUGAUCUUUUAACCUGAUCCCCAGAAUAGCCAUUGAUUAGCACUCUGUCUAUUGAUUUCUGGGCCGGCUAACAAUGCAAGGACCAGCGUCAUGCGAGCAGUCAUUUCAGUGUAUACUUACACUGGUCUAUGGAUGGAUGAAAGACUUUGAUGAAGAAAGUUAUGGGGGAUGGAGGUUUAAAACACAUAUCAUGUACUUAGCCCUGGGUUUCACAUCAAAUUUUUUUGUUCAUUAACAAAUAUUAGUUUUGUGUAAGCAUUUCAUGUUUAGGGAAAAUGAACUGCUUGUAUGCUAGGGCCAGGUGGUGUCAGCUUUGAUCCUCCUCACCAGGGUUGUUUCUUAAUGUAUAAGUCCAGGUAGUCCCUUCCUGUUUUGGACCGUUUUCGUCCUUUUCAUGGCUAAUGAACACGACCCUCCUCCUCAGGUGUGGUGAGCAGAGAGAUGUUUGACGGCAUGCAGAACGCUGAGAUCAUCAGCACACUGACCAAAGAGUUCAACGAGGUGAGAGAGCAGGGACGCCUUUUAGAACCAAGUCAGAGUUGAACUUUAGAGUUUUUUAAAUUGUGUUUAACACUUCUCUCUUCGUGACUCAUGUAAAGUGCCCUGGGUUUGAGAAAAGCUUUAUAUGAAUGGUGAUAUCAUUAUUAUUUAGUUGGAACAAUGUUAUACAAUUAUAUUUCCUAUUGCUUCUGUAGAACCUCUACAGCUAACAUACACAACAUUGAGGCCAAAAUUUAAGGAGAUAUUUUUAGCCCUCAUAUCUCCUGUUCUCCUCCCCCACACAGGACUCUGUGAACUACCCCCUGUGCUCCCCGGGCCCCCAGUGGCGUAAGUUCCGGGCUGGCGUGUGUGAGUUUGUGCAGGUGCUUGUGCGCUCCUGCCAGAACAGCCUUCUGUACGAUGAGUACCUCUUCUCCGCCCUGCUGGCCCUGCUCACCGGCCUGUCUGACUCCCAGGUCAGGGCCUUCAGACACACCAGCACCCUCAUCGGUGAGACACGGGACACCCACCGCAUAAUGACCACAGUA